AUGGGGGCCCGUUGGGCCCCUCCAGAGCGUUCAAUGGGGGCCCAAGGCCCCCUCCACCCGUGUGAUUGGGGGCCCUCGGUUGGGUUUCUGAAUCCCCAUAGGCAUGGCCCUAGGGCCGUACGUGCCAAAGGCCAGGGAGAGAGACCCACACAGAAGAAUUUGCUAAAUACGGGCCAAGAGCUAGAGGAGGUGGAGGCAAAAGCCAAAAACGAGGGGACUGCGAAGCAGCGCGGAGAGGCAAAGGUGUUAGCCCCACAGGAAAGGUUGGCAGCAGUGCCCAAGGAAAUCAAGGCGCGGGAGGCCAAGCAGAGCCAGGACAAGCAGGCAUGGGGGAAGGGCAGAGGAAGAGGCCCAAGCGGCACAAGAGCAACAGCUGGCGGCGGCCAGGGAGAGCACGGCGUGGUUAAGGAGCAAGGGGAGCGAAGGCGUGGGACAGCAGGAGAGCAGCGCGUGGAGUGA